UAGAAGAAGGAAAUAAAAAAUGAAGGUCAAAGCAAUUUAGUUUUAGGCGCGUCUUUAUACGCUUAAGAAACGCGCUGACCAAGGCUGUCCGCACGGCGCAACCCUAAUUUUUGUAUCUAGAUGUUAAUUAUUUUUUCGAAAUUAACUUUAAGGUUGAAUUAAACUGAUUAAAUUUCCGCUUCGUUUAGUUUUAAUUGCAAAUGACGUGUAUCCAUAAUAAUGUAAAACCCCAACGCGCGAACUUCUGCACCGCAAUAUCCUUAGUUGAACGGUACGGGGAAAGUGAUUAAACAAGGACUACUAUGUCGCACGUGAUUUUAAUCCUUUAAAAGUGACUGAAACGUGUACGAGGAGUGAGUUCAGAUUCAGUCGUGUCGCCAAGAUCGAGGAAUCAUGCCAGCCACUGACGAAGUGCAGGAAGUCUUCAGCGACGAAGAUGUCCAUUACGUUGCGGGUGGUUCGCCGAUCCAUUCCGACGACGAUGCCGCCGCGGAAGACAAAUGUGCCAGGGUUGCUUUGGCGAAACCGAGCAUUGCUUUUAAGAAUGUGCCAAGUCGCGAGCUACACGAGGAUUUCUUUCGCAAGUCCAUCGAAGUCAUCAUCAAGGAGGCAGUUUUCAAGUCGACAUCGACAAGCGGAAAAGUGCUCGAGUGGCACCACCCCCACGAGCUACUGAAGAUAUUCGACUUCGAACUGAAAACCCACGGAAGUACGCACGAAGAUCUUCUGCGACUCAUCAGAGACACCAUACAGUACUCGGUCAAAACCGCGCACCCCUACUUCGUCAAUCAGCUUUUCUCCUCUCUGGAUCCCUACGGAUUAAUCGGUCAAUGGCUUACCGACGCCCUCAACCCCAGCGUGUACACCUACGAGGUUUCGCCAGUUUUCACAUUAAUGGAAGAAGUUGUCCUGAGGGAGAUGCGCGAAAUCGUCGGGUACCCGAACGGGAACGGUGACGGAAUUUUUUGUCCGGGAGGAUCGAUGGCCAACGCGUACGCCAUCAGCUGCGCGCGGUACGCGGUUAACCCAGAUAUAAAGAAAAGUGGACUUAACGGUGGCGCCCGCCUGGUACUUUUUACUUCUGAAGACGCGCACUACUCGAUUAAAAAGAUGGCUUCCUUCCUCGGAAUUGGCACCGACAACGUCUACCUGAUCAAGACCGACAAGGUGGGCAAAAUGGAUACCUCGCACCUGGUUGAGGAGAUCGAGCGAGCUCUACGAGAAGGCGCGAAACCGUUCAUGGUCUCAGCAACCGCCGGCACGACGGUGUACGGCGCCUUCGAUCCUCUGGAAAAAAUCGCAGAUAUCUGUCAGGCUUACGGCUUGUGGUUCCACGUGGACGCCGCGUGGGGAGGAGGAGUUCUUAUGUCUUCUAAGCACAGACACAUUCUAAAUGGCAUUCACAGGGCCGACUCAGUCACUUGGAACCCUCACAAAUUACUAACAGCCCCACAGCAGUGUUCCACAUUUCUACUACGACACGAAGGCAUACUGUCCGAGGUGCACUCGACGAACGCAUCCUACCUCUUCCAGAAAGACAAGUUCUACGACACCCGUUACGAUAUCGGCGACAAGCACGUGCAGUGCGGCCGAAGAGCGGACGUCCUCAAGUUUUGGUUCAUGUGGAAGGCGAAAGGAAGCGACGGUUUCGAGAGGCACGUCGAUAAAGUCUUCGAUAACGCCAGGUACUUCACGAAAGUGAUCAGGGAGAGGGCGGGAUUUCGGAUGGUCGUCGAUAAUCCCGAAUUCACCAACUUGUGCUUCUGGUACAUUCCUCCGGGCCUGAGGGGCGCAGAUUCCGAGUCGAAUUUUCACGAGCGACUUCACGAGGUCGCGCCAAAGAUGAAGGAGCGAAUGAUGAAGAAGGGAUCCAUGAUGGUCACGUAUCAGACGAUCAAAGGUCUGCCGAACUUCUUCCGAAUUGUCUUCCAGAAUUCUGGACUGGAGUACAGCGAUAUGGUGCACUUGGUCGAGGAAUUAGAGAGUUUAGGUUGUGAUUUAUAACCGUCUGGUGUUGCUAAUGUUGCUUUGUAUAUAAUUGAAAUUAUUUAUUGAUAGCUUGGAAAAUCUGUGAUAAGAUGAGAUGUCCGAGGAAGCGCCGGAAAAUACCAGUUUCUUAUUAUUUUUUACUCACUAUAGAAUUGUACAACAAUAAAUCAAAUAAGCGUAUAAUAAA